GCAAAAACCCAACGCCUGCGCAGUAGAACCCUUCCAGUCGGUUAGUGACAGCCAGGCUUGUUGUGAAGAUGGCGUUCAAAGCGAUCAGGGGGAAGGUGAACGGAGUCCUGAACGAAAUUUCCUCCUCCGUGAGUGGAUCCAAAGCUGGGGCCCGGGAGCACGUACAAGCCGUCAGCCGGGAUUACAUCUCCCAGCCUCGGCUCACAUAUAAGACUGUGUCUGGUGUCAACGGGCCUCUUGUCAUCUUGGAUCAUGUGAAGUUUCCAAAGUAUGCAGAGAUUGUUCACCUGACCCUUCCAGAUGGCAUCAAAAGAAGUGGACAGGUUUUGGAAGUCAGUGGCUCCAAAGCUGUGGUACAGGUUUUUGAAGGGACCUCCGGUAUCGAUGCCAAAAAGACAAGUUGUGAAUUUACAGGCGAUAUCCUGCGGACACCAGUAUCAGAAGACAUGCUUGGUCGCGUGUUCAAUGGUUCAGGAAAACCUAUUGACAGGGGCCCAACAGUUCUGGCUGAAGAUUACUUGGACAUUAUGGGCCAGCCUAUUAACCCCCAGUGCCGUAUCUACCCAGAAGAGAUGAUCCAGACAGGUAUUUCUGCAAUCGAUGGGAUGAACAGUAUUGCCAGAGGACAGAAGAUUCCCAUCUUUUCUGCAGCUGGUUUGCCACACAACGAGAUUGCUGCACAGAUCUGUCGCCAAGCUGGUCUGGUUAAGAAGUCCAAAGAUGUGAUGGAUUACAGUGAAGACAACUUUGCCAUUGUGUUUGCUGCUAUGGGUGUAAAUAUGGAAACUGCAAGAUUCUUCAAGUCCGACUUUGAAGAAAAUGGUUCAAUGGACAACGUGUGUCUUUUCUUGAACUUGGCUAACGACCCAACAAUUGAGCGCAUCAUCACGCCUCGCCUGGCUCUCACCGCAGCAGAGUAUCUGGCGUAUCAGUGUGAGAAACACGUCCUGGUUAUCCUGACUGACAUGAGCUCAUACGCAGAAGCGUUGAGAGAGGUUUCUGCUGCCAGAGAAGAGGUGCCAGGACGCCGGGGCUUCCCUGGCUACAUGUACACUGACUUGGCCACCAUUUAUGAGAGAGCUGGUCGAGUUGAGGGCAGGAAUGGGUCUAUUACACAGAUUCCUAUUCUAACCAUGCCCAACGAUGAUAUUACUCACCCCAUCCCUGAUCUGACUGGGUACAUCACUGAAGGACAGAUUUACGUAGACAGGCAACUGCACAACAGACAGAUCUACCCCCCGAUCAACGUGUUACCCUCUCUGUCUCGCUUGAUGAAGUCUGCCAUUGGGGAGGGAAUGACAAGGAAAGAUCAUGCCGAUGUGUCCAAUCAGCUGUAUGCUUGUUAUGCCAUUGGUAAAGACGUCCAGGCAAUGAAAGCAGUGGUGGGUGAGGAGGCUCUGACUCCGGAGGACUUGCUUUAUCUGGAGUUCCUGCAUAAGUUUGAAAAGAAUUUCAUUGCUCAAGGUCCCUACGAGAACCGCACAGUAUAUGAAACCCUGGACAUCGGCUGGCAGCUGAUGCGUAUCUUCCCCAAGGAGAUGCUGAAACGAAUCCCACAAAGUACCCUGGCUGAAUUCUACCCCCGAGACUCCAAGCACUAACUUGAGCCUCGAGCUUUCUGUUCCUCCAUGCUGUCUUAUCAAAGGAACAUUCUUUCCUUUUCACACUUGUUGUUGUAUCUUGUUAGUUCCUUGUGAAGCAAAAUGAACAUAGUGUGAAUAUGGUGUUUUCAGUUUACCUAACAGAGUUUAAAAUAUCUAUAAAUGCCAUGUGGAGACUGUUGACACAUGGAUCGGUUUACCAAAGUGACCUCGGUAUCCAAAUACUCACGUGUAAAAAUACAGGGACAAGGAAAAACAAUGGAUUCUUUAAACCACUAACUCGGAAUUAACACAGACAACUCCGAAUGGAUCAUUAAUGCCAUGCUCUUAUGAUUUUUAUUCACUGGAGUUAAUUUUACUCAAAAACUGAGCAGUUCUGUCCAUAAACACAUUCAAGUAUGGAUGUAUUCAUUCUAGGGUGACUUUUAAUACCCUGUUUGUCUGAGCAUAUUUAAAGUAUGUAUUUCAAUUUUUUUUUAAAAUCUGAAGUUAUAAAGGAUUUUGUUGCCUGUUCGUUUUUAUGCAUUUUAAAAAAUAUGUAUUUAUUUAGAUGCCUUUGUGAUUUCCAGCUUAUUGUAUACAUUUUUAGGUCUGCUUUAGUUCACUACAUGAAUAAAAACUGCAGAAAUGUUGGCCAUGUAGCUUUAUGAAAAAUCUACAGUAUAGGAUGUAGCAACUAAAGCUAUAAGCUAUUUCCCUUAUGGUUAAAAAUUACAGGCUGGCAAUACAUUCCUACAUGGCUACACAUCCUGUGGCUAUACUAGUGCAGAGUGCUACAUAUAUGGGGCACACAGUGAUUAAAUAAAACAAAUGCCCUUAGGGGGGCACAGUUGAGACCUCUUGGUGUAUAUUACAAGCUUGAUUAACUGUGAGUCCUCAGCUCAUUCAUUCAGUAUUGUAUCGCUGGGAUGUUAACACUUACAGUGUCUGGCUUCCCGUUGUGGGGAAAUUGCUCAUGCAAUACAUUUACUAUGGAGGCAAAGAUUUACCUAUGAUUUGCCCACAAGUGUAAAAUAUAGUUCAUACCUAAUGAACCACGUGACGGUACCUAAAUUCAGCGCGAAUGUAAAAGUUUUCUAUGCAAGAAAUAACAUUCAUGGAGCGAUGUGGAUUCAGGCAUUAUUCUGUUUUUUAUUUAGUUUUUCAACAAUUUUAUUUUAUCCACACCAAAAUGUUACACAUGCAAAUACAUUAAGUAAAUUAAGUUUACGUUGUUGAAAAAAUGUAAAACUGAUAGUGUUCCCCAUGUGCUAGAGAUGCAGCACCUGUGUCGCCAAAGUAAAAGAAAAAAAAAAGUUUUAUAAUUUCAAUAUAUGCAGAUACAGCCGAAGAUAAUGAUUAAAGGUAUUCUUUUGAAGGAAGUGAUAUUUUAAACUCUGUUAAUGUAAAAAAAAAAAAUAAGGUAAAUAAUAUUUUUAUUGUAUUUAUUUACAGUUGACUGCACUGCCUGGAUUUUACACCCAGAUAACAAUAUUCCUGUAUCACAUGUCAAUGCAUAUUUGGCUCUUUUUUUAUGAUUAUAAAUGUGCUGUGUAUUUAUUGCAAAGUUGCCAUAUGUCAGUCUAUGGAUGUUGUGUACUUGUUGCAGGUGCUGUAAGUUUCCGGUCGAUUCAGUAACCAAGCAUUCCAUAUGCCAGAUAAAAAAUAAAUAUACGGUUUUGUUGUCAUAACGCAUGAAGCACAGUCUGUUUUUGGAAAAUUGUCAUCCAUAUUCAUAUAUAAAUUACUGAAUAAAUGUGAAUAUACUGUUAAA